UAGAGUGUUUCAGAAUCUGGAAACCCCGUACGUUUUAACUUCCAUUGGACGCGGGGAUUAGAUGCGCACUAACAAACGAUUUUGUGAGAGAACACUAAAAUGAGUCUAAUAUUGAACAACUGUAACGAUGAGUGGCGGUCUGCGGAAGUCAGCACAGGUACAACGAUUAUUGCGGUACGCUUUAAUGGAGGAGUGGUGAUUGGAUCGGAUUCUCGGGCGUCAAUUGGAGGAGCUUAUGUGUCUUCACGAAUAAUAAAUAAGGUGGUAAAGGUCCAUGACAGAAUUUUCUGCUGCAUGUCUGGGUCCUUGGCUGACGCUCAAGCAGUAACCAAUGCAGUUGUCCAUCAGCUCAAUUUCCACAGCAUUGAGAUGGGUGAACCGCCUCUUGUUUUGGCAGCAGCAACAGCUCUAAAGGAAAUGUGUUACAAACACCGAGAUGAACUAUCAGCUGGCUUCAUCGUUGCUGGGUGGGACAAGAAAAAGGUCCUCAGGUAAAUCAUAGUAUAAAUCUUUCUCAUUUCUCUGGGAGGAACAAUUAUUGAGCAAGAAUUUACAAUAGGAGGUUCUGGAAGCACAUACAUUUAUGGAUAUGUGGAUUCUGCUUUCAAAAUUGGGAUGUCCAGAGAGCAGUGCAUAAAAUUCACUACCAAUGCCCUUUCUCUUGCUAUGGACCGAGACAAUGUUAGUGGAGGAGUUGUUCACCUUGCCAUUGUAAAUGAUGAAGGAGUAGAACGCCAAAUAAUCCCAGGAGACAAGCUGCCAGUCCUUCACAAAGAAUAACUUUGCUUUAAUUGAAUCCAAAUAUAAAUUAAAUAAAAUUAAUAUACUUUUAAGAUA